AUGAUGCAUCAGUGGGGUCUACUCAUCACUGUGUUCUACUGCCAGCUGUAUCUGGCUGCUGCUCAACACUGGAGGAAAGCCCUUUACCCAUCAGCUUUUAGAGUGAAGCGUGGCACACACUCAUUGGUCAACCCCACCUUCCAGAACUCUGUGGAAGAUGUUAACCUGCUGUUUGAGAUCCUGCUGGCAGGCCUGCAGAUCGAGGGUGAGGACAAGCCCUUCGUGAUCCCAGACAAGGAGCUGGCGUCUCUGAGGAGGGUCCAAAAGCUGGAGGUUAUCUGUGAGGACGUCCUGCCCAAGAGACUAUCCGAGAUCAGACGUCUGACCUCCCACCUGUCCCAGCGCAGAGGUGCCCUGAGCAGGGAGGACUUUGAGCGCACAGUGCUCACUAUGGUGUACACUGCCCAGACUCUGGCUCAUACCACCUCCCAACACCAAAAGGCACUGUGGGGAGACGCCCUGCUGCAGCUGUUCAGGGCCAUACAAGAAGAUCUGACGCCCCCACCCAGGACACCUCAGCACAACUAGUGUUAUGGACAUGUGGACACAUUCUUUUAGAUACUGUAAUAUACUGAUCAUUUUAUACUGUAACACAAGUCACUUUUUAGCAGAGAAUUUGAAGGAUGUUUUCUAUUGAGUUGUAUUGUAUUAUCAAAAUGGCUGUUCUGAUAAUGUAAUGUGUUUGGUUAUGAUCAAAUGAUAUGAUCUAAUCAUAUUGAAAGGAGGAUGUGGGAAAAGGAGGGAUGUGAACUAUAUCUUGUUCAUGUUCUAUCUACCGGAUUCCGCCUUGUUCCAGGACUUCAGACGUAAUCAAACAUUUUAAAUAUUUUAUCAGUCACUCUGUCAUCGUGAUUCAUACCAGGUCUUUAUCAAAUCUUCUGUCAGCUGUUUAUCACAAUCACAUAAUCUUUCCCCAGCACAGUCCCAUGGCGAAAGGGAGCUUCAUGAAA